AUGGCAGACGCCUCAUCCGACUCCUCAGAUUCAAGCUCCGACUCCAGCUCUGAUUCCAGCUCCGAUGACUCUUCCGACUCCGAGGGCGAGGAAGACACAGUCUCCCAGAGGAAGUCUCACGUCAUGGCCCCUCCCGGCGAAGGAUCCAUCCGCACCAAGAAGAGCAACCAGCGCUUCAAAAUGCGCCGUCGUCUAUCCAAACUCAAAGAAAUAGGCAUUCUCCCCGCCGAGGCUGACUUUGCCGCCAUGCGGUCGUGGGCAGAUGCCAACGGCGGCUGGCACUGCGAUGAGUCUAGCAUGAUCUCCACCACAACGAAGGAAGAGCCCGCCCAGCCCAAGCUUUCCAAGGCGGAGAAAAAGGAGCAGGAACAGGCUGAAUUCGAAGCCAGACGUCAAAAGCUUCUUCGUGACCUUUCAUCCGGCGGUGUCGCUGUAGACGAGACGUCCGAGAAGGAGAAUGUGCCCCCGGCUACUACGACCGAAGAAAGCCUCGAAGACGCAAACGAUAAGCCUGAAGAACAAUCCUCUCGCCGACGAACUCUCGACAUCGGCAGCUCGCGCCGACUUCUCUUUGGAUCUCUGGGAGUACGCACGCCCAAAAGCAAAGAGGACGAAGAAACCACUCGCAGAAAGCUAGCCGCACAGGCAAGCGCCGUCAGCUCUCGACGGAAAUCAUCACAGCCUGCGCGUCCCAAACCGGAAGAGACUGCAGUCGGGGAGGACGAUGAGGAAGUGGAUUGGGAAUCCAAGCUUGAUAUCAGUGCCACCGAGUGCAUUUACACCGACAUCAAGCUGACCGCGCCUCCAUUCCCAUUCAAAAAUCGCUGGGAUAAGGAAGCGGACUCGAUUCUGCGUGAGCGAAUGGGCUGGGGAAAGAAGCGCAAGCGCAAGCAGCGAAUCCAGGUUUACAAUGAAUAUUAUGGGGAUGAGGAGUAUGAUGAGGAAGGGUAUGCCUAUGAGAAUGGCUACGACAACUACGAUGAGAGUAACAUGGAACUCGACUACGAGGAGCCUGCUCAUGAUGCUGAUGCCGAUGCCGAGGAUGAGAACGAGCAUGAAAAUGAGCAAACUGCCACCGCUACCGACGACCUCCCCCUCUUCCCAGCCGACCCCUCCUGCAUCGCGGACCUUCUCGAAGAGGAAGCCAAGCCUGGAUCAAUCAUCGCCUUCCGACAACUGGAUAUGUCCAAAGCGACAAACUGGCAGCCCCGAAUGUCCGAGUACCGAGUCGCAGAAGUCCACGACGUUCUCGACGGCGGUAUUCUCAAGCUCCGGCUGGCCUUGCGUGACCGUCGACCAACAGUCGACGCCGCCGGCGACGACGACGAUGAACCUCGCCUGUAUGAUGGAUUCGAGAUGCCCGGGAUGGACGACGAAGAGGACGACGGAUACCGCGACCUCGCCUUUGCAGAACUCAGCGAACCCAAGCUCUUGCAUCCAGCACAGCUAGAGAACGAGAACGAGGCGGAAAAGGGGAAGGACAUUGUUCGUGAAGGUAGCAUGUCAGUCAAUUAA